UUGUAUGUGUGCUGCCGUCAACGUCGUAGUUGUCGUCGCUGUCGUCGUCGCAAUAAAGCAAAUAGAAGUACUGCCAGUGCAUUGAAUGAAAUCGAAUAUGUGAAUCCAAAAGUGAGACCUGAUUGAUAUUAACGAAAACUAUUUAAUUGAAAACGCGCUGCAGUUGUGCUCAAAACAGUGAGUGUAAUGCGCUAAACUCUCAAGUCAAUUUUGCGUUGAAACGAGACGCCGUUGUCCCGUUGUCGUCGCUAGCAGAGCAGCGACCGAGCAGCGCGUCGUUUGUGACGUCAAAAGCAGCAGAAGCAGCAGUGGCUGUGGCAGCAACGUUGCCGCACUCGAGUCACACUCCCUCACACACAACAAACACAUACACAUAAUAACAAUAAAGGAUCCCAUACCCAAAACUUGGCCCCAAAAAGCAAAGGAACGCGAGCAAAGCGAGUGCAAGCGAGAGAGUGCGAGUUGCGAGUGUGUGUGCAACAACAACAACAACAGCAGCAGCAGCAGCAACAACAAGAGAAAGAAGAAGCAAAAGCGUAGCGACAACGUUGCAAAAGGAUCCAUAAAAAUGGAACAGCCGAGCAUACUCGUUAAAAUCCUGCAUUCAAUACCGCAUGUGAAUUACACAUUUCGUCGGGUUAAUGACACCUUCAAUCCGGAUAGCGAUGUUUACCUAGAGAGCUUGGGCAUCCUAGCCUCAAUACCCGCCGGCCUGCUGAUCCUCUCGCUGCUCGGCCUGCUCCUCUAUCUGCUGACUCGAUGCUGCGAUCGCAAACAGCGCAAACCGAGCGCACAACGUUGCCAGAGUUGCUCCCUGGUCAUCAUAACGUUGAUGACCUGUGCGGCCAUUGGACUAGGUUUAUAUGGCAACGAUGAUUUCCACAAUGGCCUUUUACAGGCCUUUAGCUCCGGCAAGCAGGUGGAGAACCUUGUGCUCAAUCUUAAGCGACAGACUGAAACCAUCAAGCAUGAUCUCGAAACGAAAAUGGCUUCACACAAUGUGGUGCAUCAGGUGGAGAAACCGCAAUACAAUCAAACGGUUGUCAUGCUGCUCAUCGAGACCACACGUCUGGUGCGGGAGAAUACGUCUCGAGCGGUUACCUCUCUCGACAACAUGGUCUUGUACUUUAUGAAGACCAAGGGCAGCGAGAACGAGACUUCAUUGAUGGGCAUAUUAUAUCUGGGCGAACUCUACGAGUCCAUACGUUGGCCUGCCACAUUGGCCUUCCUCACGCUCCUCCUCUUCCUGUGCACUAUCCUGGUCAUUGGCGUCGCCCGUCGUUCCCGUUGCACCUUGAUCUUCUUUAGCGUUUCGGGUCUGUUCUGCAUCAUCGUCUGCUGGCUCUUGGCUGGCAUUUAUCUUGCCUCAAGUGUGGCAGCUGGCGACUUUUGUAUGCGACCCCAUGAAUACAUGUGCCGACAGGUGGGCAUGCGCAGUCCUUAUGUCUACUUCCUCAACUGUGGCACGUUACGAAAUCGCUUCAUCCUGCGCCUAAACGAGUCUCGGGAUUUGGUGGAACGUGCUCGUGAGAGCGUUGAAAUGAUGCAACGCAUAAGCCAGGACACGUAUCCACGCAUCGAUAUACAGCGCACACUGCACUCCAUGAACAACGAUCUGGAGCAGACGAAACAGAAUCUGACGACACUCUCGACAACGCUGGACAGACGCGCCAUCGAUCGACACUAUGCGGAGGCAUUGCAGGGAUUAUGUGGAGGAGGAUUACUCGGUCUCAGUCUGAUGAUGGUGGCGGGACUGUUGACCUCCUUUCUGCUGACAAUACUUGUCUAUGCGGACUCCCAUGCCUGGAUAUAUCUCAGCAAGCGACCCGCAAUGGAUGGCGACAAGUCGGAGACGGCGCCUCUGUUUCCCGCCUCGAAUGCGCCAAGUGCGAGCAUAUCGCCAACGGCGCCCAUGAGCACGGGCACCAUUAAUCGCACGUUGUUGCAUCAUCAGCAGGCGCAUGGUGGCCCAAUUGGUGGCAGCAUUGCGGGCAACACGGCAGCUGGACACACUGGCACAUUGCCUAGUGGUGGCAGCUUGGCUGGUGGCAACAAUGGAGUCGGACCAUAUAGGAAUGGGACGGCGGGAUUGCGACAAGGGUUGGCAUCAUCACCAUCAAGCAACAAUACAUCAACAACAACUUACAACAACCACAACCACCACAACAACAACCAUCACUACAACAACAACCACCACAACAACAAUACACAACAACAGCAUAGAACUAACUCGACCACAGCAACGGCGGCGGCUUCGGCAACAUCAACUGCAUCGGGAUUGGGAUUGGGCAUGGGCAUGGGAAUGGGAAUAGGAUUUGGGCCCAAUCGAAACUCCUCUGCCAGCCGACGUUCGCCGUCGCCGCCGCCCGGCUAUGAUUUGGUGCAUGGCACAAGAUCUGGUCACCAUACGCUGGGACGUCUGCCGUCGCAUCAUCAACAGUCGGCAUCGUAUUUGCCGGGUCCGAAUAAUGGCAAAUAUGCGACACUCAGCAAACAGUGUAAGACGCUCGAAUCGAACGACUUUUACUGAGAUUCGCUUGCCUGCAGCACGUAUGCAGGCAAUAGCAACAACACGCAGCAACAUAGCAGCAACAUCAAUCAACAGCAGCAGCAGCAACAGCAACAACAACAAGUACAGCAGCAGCAGCAGCAACAACAACAGCAGCAGCAGCAACAACAACUACAACAGCAACAGCAAUUGCUGCAUCAACAUCAUCACAGCAGCAGCAACACAUUGAAAAAUAUCUUUGCAUCGGCAACAUUGCCACGUUCCACCGGCAGCUCCAUACGCUCCGUGUUGUCGGCACAGACGGCAAAUGCCAUGUGCAAAUCCACGGGCAAUGGUUUGGAUAAUGAUGGAUUGUCCGACGAUCGUGAUCCGCGUGAUGUCACCAACAAUAGCUUCAAUCGCUUCGAUCCCAAGUAUAUAAGCAUCGGUCCCAAAGCGGUGCGUGGCAACAACAAUUUGAAUAUCGUUGCCGCUGCCACGGCGAACAAGUGUGCCACAUUGCGGCAUGUGGGACGCUAUGGUGGCUCCCUCAAGGGGGCAUCGCCGUCGCCCAAUUUGCGCAGCGCCAAGACGCCAUCGAUAGCCACCGUAUCGAAGGAUUACUGUCAGCAGGCCGAUUGUAUGCCACAAGUUUAUGCCGCCGGCUCCACAGACAUGUUGGUGCCAAGCACGACGAUAGCGUUGCAACAGCAACAGCAACAGCUGCAACCAGCGCCACCAUCACAACAACAACAACAACAGUUGCAAUUGCAGUUGCAGCAGCAGCAGCAGCAACAACAGCAGGUGGUGCCACCACCGCCGCCUCCACAACAACAGCAGCAAGUGUUGCAACCACAGCCCGCGCCACCGCCACCACCCAAGCCAAAGAUAGUCAACACCUUUACGGAAAUACCCGGCACCACAGGCGUGGGCAGCUCCUAUGCCAAGGAGCAGCAACAGUUGCUCGCACUGCAGCAGCAACAGCAGCAGCAGUUGCUGGCACUGCAACAGCUGCAGCAGCAACAGCAGCAACAACAACAACAACAACAUCAACAUCAUCCACCUACAACGCACAUUUUGCCACCUUCCGCCGUCUACAGCAUUGAGAGCAGCAGCGUUUAUCCUCCGUCGGCAGCAGCACAGCAGCAACAGUCGGCGGCGCCAACGGCAGCGCCACGCGUGCAACGUUCGCUUAAUCCGGCAUCGAUUGUGAAUCAGCCGUUGCCCGAGAUUCCCGUGCAAACGCCGAGCAACAUGACAACGCCCGCAACACAAACAAAGAUCUCAGCACAGCCGCUGUGUGCCGCCAAUUUGGGGCAAUAUCGUUCGCUGCAACGUCCCCAAGCAGCAGCAGCAGCACAGCAGAAGCUGCAACUUGUCACACAGCAGCAGCAACAGCAACAGCAGCAGCAACAACCUCCCUCGUUGCCGCCUAAGAAUCGUCACAAGAAUUCCAGAGAUGCAAAUAAUGCAAAUCAUAUGCAAACAUUGCCGCCAAAAUCAGCGAGUUUACGACAACAGCAAUCUGCUAGCUUUGGCUACGAGCGGGAAAGAGACAGAGACAGAGAAAGGGAGCGUGAGCGAGAGCGGGAAAGAGAGAGGGAGAGGGAGCGUGAGAGAGAUAGAGAUCGUGAGAGAGAUCGUGAGAGGGAACGUCCAAGACGCGCUGAAACACUAGACAAUGCAAGAAGCUACGCAGAGCAACAGUUGCAGGCGCAACAGCAGCAGCAACAGGGACAAUAUGGUGCACAGCCCAUGUUGAGCAGCAUGAAGAAGCAGCACUCCUACGACAGCAGUACCUAUCACCAUCAGCAACAGCAGCAGCAACAGCAGGCGGCCUUCUAUCAGCAACAGCAGCAGCAUCAGCGACAACACAACAACAACUACCACGGCACUGUUGCAACUAGCACCAGCAGCAAGCAUCAUCAACAACAACAACAGCAGCAACAGUUGCUCGUGGAGCAGCAGCAAGCAUUGUUCUAUCGUUCGCUGAAACGCGGUGCAGCUGGUGGUGUUGUUGCAGCUGCUGGUGGUGGUGUUGCAAGCUCUGCUCAUGCCAGCAAUGAUUUGUAUUCUGUGACGGAGUUGUAGGAAUGCGCCUGCUGCGGCGGCGGCGUUGAUGUUGUGCGACGUGCCACGACGACAUGCUCGACGGGCACGGGCACAGCAGCAACAUCGCUGCACGCAGCAACGGCGGCAGCCUCAGCCAGCACACAGACACACCAACAACACCAACAACACCAACAGCAGGCACAUCAGCUCAAUCAGGCGCCCAUUCCAUUGCCGCCCAAGAAGCAUCGCUCACAGCAGCAGCAGCAACAACAGCAGCAACAACAGCAACAGUUGCAGCUGCAGCAGCAAACAAGCUGCAAUGCAAAUCUCUGCGAUGAUCAUGAAUAUGAUGAAUAUUGCCCGCAGCAAUACGAGUCACAGCAACAACGUCAUGGCAAGCAACAGCAACAACAACAACAACGUGCUGCCACCUUUGAUGUGGCAGACGCACGUGAUUAUGAGCUGAAGCGUUUGGGCAAUCGUCGCUCGCAACAACAGGCGGCAAGCAGCAAACGCAAUGGUGCAGCGGCGGCGGCAGCAGCAGCAGCUGCUGCUGCUGUCAAUGAACAGCAGCAACAUCACCAUCGCACACACGAUCGCGAAAGAUCGCGUUCAGAUCAUCGCAUUCCCAGCUAUGUGUGUGAGGAUGCUGCCACAGCAGCACUUUGCAACGCCGGUUCCAUGUCGCUGCUGGCAGCCAAUGGCACUGCACAGCAGCAACAAUCGCAUCGCAGUCAUCAUCAGCAGCAGCAGCAGCAGCAACAACAGCAGCAACAACAACAGCAGCAGCAGCGGCGGGAGAAAACUUUCAAAGUAUGAUUUUUAGAGACGUCAUAAAAAUUGCCCAACCCGCGACAAGUUGGCGACGAUGUCGACGGCGGUGGAGUUGCACGUAGAAGACGCACGCGUUAAGCAACAUCAACAACAACAGCAACCACAGCAACAACGACGACGACAAAGCCAACUUGCGUUGCGGAUUUUUCUAAUAAUAAGAAAAUUGAUAAUUGUGUAAGCAAACAAAAAAUUCAGCUAAAGAAAAUGCAAAAAAGUAGCAAUACAGUAGAACUAGCCUAUAGUGAAACUGCUUGUUAUUAUGAAUUGAUUUCAAUGGGAAUUGUUGACAUAAUAAAGCCUGUUUUACUAUAGGCAAGCUUGACUGUGGCACAACUGGCUGAACCCAAACAAAGCUCCAAUCUCUCCCCCUCCCUGCCCUCUUUCACACCCUCUUAGCAAUUUUGUAUGGCAAUUUUAAAUGAGAAAAGAAAAAUAUCGAAUGUAAAUUCAGUUCAAUUAAGUGUAAAAGCAAAGCGAAAAUUGUUGCAAGUUGCAACUACAAGUCGUGCCUCAUGCAACACACACACAUACACACAGAGAGACAACACACACACGCACACAGCAUCGAUACUUGUACAUGCCACGCCCUGCUCCUGUUUCCGCCCAAUCCCAGCGUUGCCUUUGUUUCCCAACAAUUCUGAUAUGUUACAAUUGCCGCCUGCAGUUGCAACCUCCAGUUGCAGUUGCAACACUGAUUGAUGCAGCUGCAAACCAAAAACACAAAAAAAAAAAUAAGAAAACUAAAACAUUUGCUCCGUGUUGUUGCCUAUUGUUAAAUGUAUUUAUCCAAAACUAAUCUAUAUAUAUAUAUAUAAUUAAAUAUAUAUUAUUUUAACUAAUUUUUUUUUUCUUAAAUAUAAAUAACAAUAACUAUACAUUUAGUUUGUAAUAUUUGUUUUAUGUAUUUAAGUUAGUUGGAGCCUUGUUAAGUACACUUUAAGCUAUGAUUAUUUAUUUAUGCACAUAAGCCAAACCUAGUAGUAACCCCCGUCUACCUACAACCUUCAACCUAAACCCUAUCCUUAUGCCUCACACAAACAUUUUGAGUUUUUUUUUUAUUAUUAUUUUUUUUAUGAUUUUUUUUUUAUUAUUUAAAAAUCCGUUGCGAGACAGCGAAAUGUUUGUAAUUUUUGUGACGUCAGAAAUCUAAAGAGAAGAAUAUAACAACAACAUGAAAGAUGUAAAACAUACAACAAAAGCACAACAACAACAACAACAAAACAAAAACAACAGAAAACUUUGUAAUUCCAUUAAGUAAUAUUGUUGAAAAGAACAACAACAAAAGCAAUAAAGAA